AUGGGGACGCCGGCACACAUGACGAGCGCUGGAGACACGCGCGAAGGCGAGCUCCGCUUGCCGGCGUCGAGUCGACCCACUUUUGUGCUGCUCGACCUCGUCCCGGAUAUCCUGCAAGCCUGUCUGCCUCUCCUCUCUCCCUCACAGUCUGUGGGCAGCCGCCCCCCGCAGAUGAAUUCUCUCACUUACAUCUCUCGCCAAUUCGAUGUCUUGGCUUCUCCGCGAACACCGCCCUCGACGCCCAUAGCAGAGACCGCCGCUCUUCUCUCCUCGAACAGCGACAACACUCAGGAUGUCUACCUCCAGCGGGUCAGAACAUGGUCGACCAUGUCCUUUCGGAUCCCAAUCCCCAGCUCGUCCACAGGCAGGUGGUCGAUCAGACGUUCACUCUCGUCGCCAGCCGAGGUCAACCCUCUGCCACCAUCUGCCGGUCAGUCUCCUUCGCACCCAUCUCGACGCCCGUCUCGUCCCCCAUCUCGCAGGCAGUCCGUUGCCUCACCCGAGAGACCCAUCCAGCAGAACAGCAGCAGUGCGCAUAGCAUCCUCAGACGCGUCUUCUUCGUCCGCAUUAUCCUCCUGCUAUGGGAUGCUAUCUGUGCCGGCUGGCGGUCGCUGACCCGCCAGGGUGUCGUGCAGAGCACGAAUGAGAUUGCUGUCGUGGACGCCACUGACGACGAGGAGAAGGACACUGAAGACGAGGCAAGGGACGAGAAGUCGGUCGUCGUAAACCUCACCUUUCCGCCUGCAAAUCCUCCACCACUGUCACCUCCCCCGUCAAAGCCCGCAGUUCCACCAUUGCUGUCUGUUCCAUUCCCCUCACCACCCCCGACCCCAUCUGUAAGCCCACCACCGAUACCUGCAGCUUCCAUUACCGUGCACCGCCUUCCGGAACAAUUAUCCUAUGAAGACACGACGCUCCUUGCGCCCCCCCUUGCGUCGGCCAUCUCACCGUCCACAUCCCAAGGCACUCACAGCAAUACCCCUUCUCGUUCUUCCACCCCUCCAACCGUCGCCACACACAAGACGACGCCCUUCCACUGGCCAAAGACGCUCGUACUGGACCUCGAUGAAACGCUCAUUCAUUCCACUUCGCGGCCAAUAUAUGCCAGUUCUACCGGCGGCUCAGGCCUCCUUGGGCUGGGUGGUAUAUUCGGGCGGAGGAACAAGGGCGCAGGGCACAUGGUGGAGGUUGUGCUCGGUGGCCGAAGUACGCUCUACCAUGUGUACAAGCGCCCUUUUGUCGACUACUUUCUCAGAAAGGUCUCGGGGUGGUACACGCUCGUUAUAUUUACGGCAUCCAUGCAAGAGUAUGCCGAUCCUGUCAUUGACUGGCUAGAUGCGGGUCGUGGAAUGUUCGGCCGCCGAUUUUUCAGGGAGUCCUGUACACUGCUCCCGAAUGGAUCGUAUACCAAGGACCUGUCCAUUAUAGAACAAGACCUCUCACGAGUCUGUCUAAUCGACAACUCACCCACAUGCUACAGUGUGAACGAGGCCAACGGUAUUCCAAUAGAGGGAUGGACGCAUGAUGCGCACGAUGAGGCGCUUCUUGACCUGCUGCCUGUCCUUGACUCCCUUCGCUUCACCAGCGAUGUCCGGCGCAUACUGGGCAUCCGCGGCUUUUCCUGA